AUGAUCAAACGGACAUUCAUAAGAGCAAUGUCAACAACAUCAACAAUCAACAAUACUGAAAAAUGGACUGCCCCAAAAGUCAGAUCCACAUUUUUAGAUUUCUUUAAAGAUAAAAAACAACAUACUUAUGUCCCAUCAUCAUCAGUUGUUCCCCAUAAUGACCCAACUUUAUUAUUUGCCAACGCUGGUAUGAAUCAAUAUAAACCAAUCUUUUUGGGAACCGUGGAUCCAGCUAGUGAUUUUGCCAAGUUGAAAAGAGCUGCUAACUCACAAAAAUGUAUUAGAGCUGGUGGUAAACAUAAUGAUUUAGAAGAUGUUGGUAGAGAUUCUUAUCAUCAUACCUUUUUUGAAAUGCUUGGUAAUUGGUCAUUCGGUGACUACUUCAAGAAGGAAGCUAUUGCCUGGUCUUGGGAAUUAUUGACUGAAGUGUAUGGUUUAGAAAAGGAUAGAUUGUAUGUUACAUAUUUCGGUGGUGAUGACAAACAAGGAUUGGAAGCUGAUUUAGAAGCUAAACAAUUUUGGUUAGAUGUUGGUGUUGCUGAAGAUCAUAUCUUGCCUGGUGAUGCCAAGGAUAACUUUUGGGAAAUGGGAGAUCAAGGUCCUUGUGGCCCUUGUUCAGAAAUCCAUUAUGAUAGAAUAGGAGGUAGAAAUGCUGCUUCCCUUGUCAAUAUGGAUGAUCCUAAUGUGUUGGAAGUUUGGAAUGUCGUGUUCAUUCAAUAUAACCGUGAAGCUGAUGGUUCAUUAAGAUCCUUGCCUAAUAAGCAUAUCGAUACUGGUAUGGGUUUCGAAAGAUUGGUAUCUAUCUUGCAAAACAAAUCUUCAAACUACGAUACUGAUGUAUUUUUGCCAAUUUUUGAAAAGAUUAGAGAAAUUACUGGGGUAAGACCAUAUACCGGUAAAUUUGGUACUGAUGAUAAAGAUGGUAUCGACACUGCAUACAGAGUUAUUGCCGAUCACGUAAGAACUCUUACAUUUGCCAUUUGUGAUGGAGGUGUCCCAAACAAUGAAGGUAGAGGCUAUGUUUUGAGAAGAGUUUUGAGAAGAGGAUCACGCUAUGUUCGUAAAUACAUGAACUACCCGAUUGGGUCAUUUUUCCCACAAUUGGUUGAUAUAGUUAUUGAACAAAAUAAGGAAAUUUUCCCAGAAAUUGAAUCGGGAUCUCAAGAUCUUAAAGAGAUUUUAAACGAAGAAGAAUUGUCAUUUGCUAAAACUUUGGAUCGUGGUGAGAAAUUAUUUGAACAAUAUGCUAUCAUUGCUUCAAAGACUCCUGAGCAGACUUUAUCAGGUAAGGAUGUUUGGAGAUUGUAUGAUACUUAUGGAUUUCCAGUUGAUUUAACUAGAUUAAUGGCUGAAGAAGCUGGUUUGAAAAUCGACGAAAAAGGGUUCGAAGUGGCUAAGGAGGAGUCAAGAGAAGCUUCCAAAGGUGGAGCUAGUAAGAAUGCAUCUUCAUUGAUUAAAUUGGAUGUGCAUGCUUUAUCCGAACUUGAAGGAAAGGUUGUCAAGACCAAUGACAGUGCAAAGUAUGGACUUGACAAUAUUAAAGCCAGUGUUCUUGCUAUUUACGAUGGUGGCAAAUUUGUUGAUUCCAUCCAGCAAGAUAACGAAGGUAAACAAUAUGGUAUUUUGUUAGAUAAGACACCAUUCUAUGCCGAACAAGGUGGUCAAGAAUACGAUACUGGUAAGCUUGUCAUUGACGGUAAAACUGAAUUCAAUGUUGAAAAUGUACAAGUUUACGCUGGUUAUGUAUUACAUACUGGUUUCGUCCUUGAAGGUAAAUUAAGUGUUGGUGAUGAAGUGAUUGCUGCUUAUGACGAAUUGAGAAGGUGGCCGAUUAGAAAUAACCAUACUGGUACCCAUGUUUUGAACUAUGCCUUGAGGGAAGUUCUUGGUGAUGAUGUUGAUCAAAAGGGGUCUCUUGUUGCCAAGGAGAAAUUGAGAUUUGAUUUCAGUCAUAAACAAGCCUUGACUCCAAAAGAAUUGGAAAAAGUUGAAGAUAAGUCCAACCAAUACAUUAGAGAUAAUAAACAAGUUUAUUACAAGGAUGUGCCAUUAGCUGAAGCCAAGGCAAUUAAUGGUUUAAGAGCUGUGUUUGGAGAAACUUAUCCUGAUCCCGUCCGUGUUGUUUCCAUUGGUGUUCCAGUUGAUGAUUUACUCAAAGAUCCAACCAAUGAAGAAUGGAGAUCAUUAUCAAUUGAAUUCUGCGGCGGUACUCAUGUUGCCAAGACUAGUGAAAUCAAAGAUUUGGUCAUUAUUGAAGAAUCAGGUAUUGCUAAAGGUAUAAGAAGAAUUGUUGCCGUUACUGGUCAUGAUGCUCACGCAGUACAAAGAAUCGCCGAAGAAUUUGGUGAUGAAUUGGAUCAUGCUAACGCUUUACCUAAUGGACCAAUUAAAGAGAACAAGGUUAAAGAAUUGGGUGUUUCUUUAAAGAAAUUGUCUAUCUCAGUAUUGGAUAAACAAAAAUUGACUGAAAAAUUCAACAAGGUUGAUAAAUCAAUUAAAGACCAUCAAAAGAGUAUACAAAAAGAAGAGAGCAAAAAGACUCUUGACGUGGUCAAGAAAUGGCUUGACGAUGGUGACAACAAAUCCGAAUUUUUGGUGGCUCAUAUCCCAAUCAAUGCUAAUGCCAAAGCUAUUACUGAGGCUUUCAAUUUAGUAAAGAAACAAGAUAAGACCAAGUCAUUAUACUUGUUAACUGGACAAAAUGACAAAGUUGCACAUGGAUGUUAUGUCAGCGAUGAAGCUAUUGGUAAAGGUGUUGAUGCCAGUCUGUUGGCGAAAUUAGUUAGUGAUAAGAUUGGAGGUAAAGCUGGUGGUAAGGGAAACAUUGUUCAAGGUAUGGGUGAUAAACCAAGUGGUAUUAAUGAUGCUAUUGAAGAAGUAACAAAGGCAUUCAAGGAGAAGUUGUAA